UAGAGGCUUUUCAAGAAGACCAGAAGUAGCUACAAUACAGUCAAAGAAAAAUUCUUGUUUAUCGCGAGUGACCUCAAUCUUAUGAGAGGUGAGCCAUCAUAGAUUUUAAUAACUCCCUGCUUUUUCAUUUUCAUCGUCAUUAUCCGACCAGUGAUGGUUGUUUUUGUAUGUUAUCGCAGUCAACGUUUUCAAGACGAAUCUUUUUUGAAUGGGCUAGUUAACCACAACGGAAAUGAUCAAAUUAAUCCAUCGAAAAUCUCUCUUGCCGUUGCAAUUUUAUGAAUGCUAUAAAGGAAAGCGGCUCUUCACUGAAAGAAUUGCAUACAGUCCAACGUUAGUUCCUAUUGCUUAAAACUGAUUCUACAGGCUCUUCAAGGCAAUCUAAACAGUCUUUGUGAAUCAUGAAAAUUUAACUUAUGUAACACUGAGAUAUAACAUGAACCUCUGUUGAAUCCAUAGCUGAAUAAGAAAGGUCGCCUUCUCGAGUGCGUCAUGAACUCUCUGUGUCACUCGACUGAAACACUUCUGUAAUGUUCACACUAACAAAAAAUUUGGAGUGUCAAUUGUUUGUUUUUAACACAUUUCCAUCAAAUUCCUGUUCCAAAAGGAUUCAAAAAGUGCCCGAACUUUUCAUUAUGGAGGUACCCACCCACCUACCAAAGGACCUUGAGUCCAUUGUUGUCGCCGUUCGCUAAUCUGAAAACCUAAUAUAACAGUGAAGUGAAUAACGCGAGAUAUGUAAUCAAAACUUCCGCAAUGUUGUUAGUGAACAUCGAGUGACCUCAAGGCCACGUUCCUUGAAACCUGAUUCUUUGGCAUUCCUCUUACUUCAUUGCUGCACGUCGACAGAUCAGUCAACAGAAACGUGUGGAAUUUUUGCCUUUGUUUCAUUAUCCCUUUCUACCUGUUUACAACAUAAAGCCUUUCAACCAAUCAGAGAAGAUGCGGCACUAUCCAUGCGUGAUACCUGCGGAAAAAGGAUGCUUGUUCCUGUGAGCCGGUUUCGUUUUUCUAGGGUCUUUAAGCAGGAUCGAUUUCACUCACGUCAUCUUGACCGAACAAGCUUGUUGAAUAGUGAAAACAAAAUUAGUGUUUUCCCGGGGGACAAAUCGGGCGAUCCCGUGCAGGCAAAGUAGGCUUGUCCUGUCCGUUCUGGUAGCCAGUCGUAACACAGGACUCACUUUAUCUCGCCCGCUCGCGAGGCCGGCCACCUAUCAGUUAACGAAAACAGGUAAAAGUGACCUAUAGUAGGCACCUCAAUAUGGGCCUACGGUCCAGCUGAUUAAGGAGUUUAAAGCUAGCUUAAACAACGGAAACGUGACCGUAAAAAAAUAGACUUGCUCACAAGUCGAGCUUUUGAGCGCGAUCGUACGAGCGCCGAGCGCGAAGCGCGAGCGAGCGAGCGAGCGAAAGUUCGUGCCGGGUCCUACUACACCAGACCAGAAAACCAUGCGAACGACUUUGAGAAAGUCUAGUAAAAAAACAACGACAACAGCUGCUCUGCCCGAACAUUACACCUGUUUGUACAAUGCAUUUCUUUGACAUCUAGAGCACGACCACGACUUAAAAUUUCCUAAUUUGACGUUGUGCAGACGAUGUGAGCACAAGACACGAAUUUUCUGUCCCUUUUUGAAUUUGGAUACAGUCCUCAAGUUUUUAACUCCCGGAAAACUCGCCCACAUUUGACAAUUUGAGCGAGACUAAAUAAAGGCGAUAGAGUUUGAAUUAACACAAAUUAAAGGAGCUGCGUUAUGUAAUAUUUCAAAAUUCUACCCGUGACAGCUGCCACCAAGUUGUGUGAAACAUUAAAAUAAUUGCUCUAAACAUUAAAAGAAGAUAUAAACAACACAACAACAACAACAACGAGCUUUAUUUGCAUGACCAUACAAGUACAUACAGUAUUGCAAAAGCUAUGUUAAGGAAUCAAAAUUACAACACAGGGCAAUUACGUUACGUUGAUAAUAAUUUGUCACGAACAUCAAAACAAGCUAACCUGAGAUCAGGCUUAAUUUGAGCGGUACUUAUACAUUCUCUCUAACGGUUAACGCUAAAAUUGGGCUCUCUUUUCGUUUCGCCAUGCCCGCCGGAAUGUUAUUUACAAAGCGAAACGAAAAUAGAGCCUGCUCUCAAGUUAAAACAAGCUGAAAUAUAUUUUAUGAAUUGUACAAAAAGAGGCACGAAUGGACAAACUCCAGGAAGAUUAAAACAGAUUCUAAUCGUGGGUUUUCGAAAACUUGUUAGCCUAACAGUUUUUCAAAGUUCAUUUUUGUUGUUUGUAACGUUUUAUACAGUCAACUUGCGACUCAGUAUUUCUUUGACAAAAAGCUGUGAUUUUGUCGUUUACAAGUAGUUUCUCGUUAACGUUAAGUUCAACAUAGCGCGUAAGGAAGGAAGGAAGGAAGGAAGGAAGGAGUCAUGGAUGAGAGGACACCAGACGUACACUCUUUACAAUAUAUAUUAACAUGUUAACAGUACUGAAGCUCGAAGGUCAGCACACAAAGACGCCAUUGGCGGGCGCUAUCGGCCCAUUUUUUAUGAGCUUACCCUACCCACCCAACCCAUGAUGUGAAUGGUGUGUAAAGUUUGGUCACAUCACCGGGGGUCUACUUCCCCUAUUCUUUUCGAACAGUGGGGUGGGUCCUUUUACGUCCCACAAGAACACAUAAGUGCAAGUGCUAUGACCUACGGGACCUACGGUUUUUCGUCCUUAUCCGAGAGGAUUAGAAAGUAGACCGAGAAUGGUAUCAAUUUAGCUUUCUGGGAAACUACCCACCUACCCCUCCCCUAAGCCAAUAUUGUCACUUAGUUCUCACUUAGAGCAAAAUGUUAGGUUAGAGAAGGGAUAAGUGGGCAGUUUCCCAGAAAUUUAAAUUGAUCCAAAGAAUGAAACAGACAGCCGUGACAUGGGCUCUUUAAAUCAGUUUUUGAUAGUGACGUUUUCUCAGCCUCCGUCGUCUUCCAAUUGUUUCGGAUACCUGCACCCUCACCCCCUUCCCCCACAGUCGCCCUUCAGAUGUGGGUGGUCGCCUCUUCAGCGAUUAUGAUGUUUAUUUCGCCAAAUAAGCUUCUUCAUCUGCAUCCUUGUUUGUCUAACGGACGCAAAUCUGUUGAUAAAAAUAUCACCAAAGGAAUCCGGAAAUUCCUGUCUCCGUUUUCUUUGCAAAGUGUUGAAGUUUAGAGAUAUCAUAGCAGGAAAUUUAUUUUGUUCAGUAUCUAUAAAUGUAACUGUAUGAAAAUGUUGAGUGUCUCUAAAAUUGUAUCUUCCGAGAAACGUAGUUUUUCAACCAGUUAAACCCUCCAACAAAAUCUAUAUUCCUUGACAACAUAAUGAAAACUGUCAGAGAUUCGCAAAAUCUCCUGAUGGCAAACAGGUUUUUUUUUUUUUAGUUUUCAAGUACCACUCUCGAAACAAGUCCAAUAUUACAACCGCAGCGGACCUUGGUCAUCAACAACUUAUAAUUUUGACACGCAAAAGGUGUUGUCAUUUCGUCCGGUCACUUUUACAUACGUUAUUAUGAUGCAUAGGAAGAGGUAAAAAGCCAAUUCAACCAAGGUUUAUUGGUAAGCAUUUAUCUUUUACUUUGAGCAAUCAAUCCAAUUAACGUUCAGAUAAUAACUUGGACUGAUCAGAUGGGUUGAAAACGAUAGAACAUGUUUCAUAACAUGAAUCUUCCGCUACCUCUGUACGACUGGGGUGGCUCGAACUUUUGAGUCGGCAGUUCAAAUUCUUACGGUAUGACCAUUCAAAUGAAAGCUAUACUGAGCAGUACUUUCGGGUUCCUGUGGUACUGUUUAUUAUGCUGUACAAGGUGUUUUUAACUUUUGGGUCUGUGGAAGAAAUCCGAGUGUGACCAUUCAUGUGAAAGCUACUGAGCAGUAUUUUCCUGUGGUAUUGUUUAUUAUGUUGUACAAGGUGGUUCUAACUUUUAAGCCUGUGGAUGAAAUCCUAAAGUGUGACCAUUCAAAUGAGGGCUACUGAGCAGUACUUUCCCGUGUUGCUAUUUAUUUUACUGUACUACUUCCCUGUGGUAAUGCCGGCAUGAUAUCCGAUGAAAGUUAGACGCAAAUUCAAUCACUUUGUGGUGAUGAAUUAAUCCCUCUAACCUCUCCAACACACUCAGUUAAGUCUAAUACAUCGUAUCAUUUCGGCUCUUGAUUUAGUCAAGUCUCUUAAACUUACUUCGAUGUCUAAGAGCUCUUUUAACUUUACAUUUUAGCCUCAUUUUGAGCCGGCUGGAGCAUUUUCCCCAUUCAUCUGACGCAAAUUGUUUUUCCGGCAGCCCCCAUCUUAUAAACUACAAGUUCUUUUCCACACAGCGUUUGGAUCAUGGAAGAUAUUGAACUUAGUCCAGAAAUACCAGUAUUUAUGGACAAGAAUGUUUGUAAAAAUAUCGCACACUCAAACUCUGCCAUGUACACCAUAUAUAGCACCCUUAGUAUUAAUAGCAAGUAAGAUCUGUUUUCCUUUUUAGCGUAAAAGUUGGCAAACUUGAAAGAGAGAUUGAGCGACGGUUAGCUGACAUUUUUUCUUUUUGGUGUAAGUUAUAAGUUGUUGACCAAAUGGCCUCGAAAGAAGCAAAACCACAAGAAUAGUUAACGACACCGCAAUAAUUCUAUGACGGCAAAAAGGGCUUGACCAGUGGGGAAAACGUGUUAGUAAAAAACCGCUUAGUUCUUCCUAAAAAUAAACUAGCGUGGAAUCUGAGAACGCUAAUUUUGACGAAAAAAAUUAAAUAUUGAAAUUAAAUAUAUGAAGACAUCAUCCGAAAAAUUUUUGAUCUGUUUUUAAUUAUAGAGAUUAUUAAGUAAUUACCUAUUCGAUCCAUAUUGUGAUUUGCAACUUUAGAAAAGGUGAACGACUUGUAAGACGCUUCUUUUCUGUUUAUUUCUCUACAAUUACAAACUGUCUAGACUGUUUAAAUCCGUUUUUACCUAUACACAAAAACUGGCAGCUGAAUUUUAUUGCAGCAAUAUUUUGUAACAUUAUACUACAUCUUACGUUUAGUAAGGCUGUAUUUUUGUUCCGCAAAAGAUCGGCAAAAAGUGAAAAAUCGCCGCAAAAAUUAGAUUUCUCCUCGAAACCUUAGUAAAUAAAUUUUGAGCAUCAAAAAAUCUACAUCCUUUGCGGAAAUGAGUUUCAUGAUUAAUUGUUUUUGUUACGUCUGAGUGCUCUUUCUAUUUGAUGGUGUACAUGUGAUUCAGCCUCUGUUCCUGAUCUUUGGACCAUGUCAAGUACAUAGAAGAAAAAUACCCAAGCCUUUAGUAAACAAACUCUGUUAGUUCAAAAAGCGAUGUGUCUUCUCUGAUCGGCAUAUCAGAUAUACUUUACGCUUGCCCGCUUUGUCGCCAGUUAUCAGAGUUUUGUGGAUCUCGCCCCUUUUCUUGUCUUCCUUUUCUGAUCAAACUGGCGACCACUCUCCCAAUGUUAAAACGUUUUCCCAUCCAUUUGAAUGCAGAUUAGCAGAUUACAUCAACAACAACCCAACACAGACGGAAAAAACAAACAAAGGUUCCGCAGAGGCAGAGAAAGCCGGCUAGCACGCGAAGAUAACUAUCAAAGCUUAGGGACGGUGUUGUGGACCCACCUGAAAUCUUCAGAACUACCAUCGCUAACCUCUUGAUCAGGAUUUUGUUAUGUGAGUACUGAUUUCUAUCUUUUUUCCGUUUCAGCGCCGAUUUACAUAAUACAGUGAUAAUACUACUGCAGCAAUGUUUUUUUCAAGGAGAUGACUUCACUGCCACAGAACUGAACGGGUCACAGAUCUUUUAGAAAUAAUUCACCUCGUUGACAAGUUACGUUUUCUGAGCAGCCGAACGACGUUGCAUUCAUGUUAAGUCACUCUGAUCUCCGCCGGCUGGCCGGCACUAUUUAGCAACUUAUAGGCAUUUGAACUAAACCAGCCGCCGAUCGAUUGUUUUUAACUGAAUCAGUACUAAGGAAUUAUGCGAAUUAGCACUUCAAACGUCGUGUACUCUUAUCUCCAAAACGUCUUAGGAGGUAAUUUUAGUGAGGCCAACAGGUUUAUAACUUUGGUUUUCUUUUGCCGAUCUUGGUUUUGUUUCUUCUUGGCUUCGUAACUUUUAGUGAAUCGACUUUGAUUAUUGCCCUGACUUGACUGACUACGAAGAGUUUUCACUUUAACUCAUGGUACGGCUCACUGUAUACCUACUUAAAUAGAAUUCCAUGCUUCAAAAAUGUAUCAGUGCUGUGUCUGAAUUCUCGCCAUUGCCUUUUAACGAACUGGAUUUUGUGCUCAUCCACAGUAAAGCUCUUCUUAACUCUUCUGUAAAGCAUCAUAUAUUUGCUCCCAGAUCAAAGGUGGUUAAUGCCACUAAGCUUCUGUUGUGUUUUAAAUUUUUAGUCUUUGAGGGAUGCAUUACACCUUUUUACAAGGAAUUAAUUAAAGCGACAAAUUUUCUGUAACAGUCUGUUAUCUAAAUUUCAGGUGUUUCAAGCUUCGUAUCCAAAUACAGCGGUGUAUGGAACUUUUAGAACAAACAGAGCAGCCACUCUAAAAAAAAAGUUUUAUUCAGAAGGGUUUUACAGAGGAAACCACUUCCGAAGUCAUCAUUGUCAUGAUUCUGCAUUUCAAAGGGCGUCCUCAGCGCCAUCACCAAGCAAACGCCUUCAAGGUCUUUGUUAACUCAUUUCUCUUCAUAUCCUCUUUAACAAGCCUCUGUUUCGGCCAAAUAUUUGCCGUUUCACCUGGUUAUCCGAGCUUUUCGACUAGGGGAAAAUCUGGAGAUAUAGAUCUGGGUUAUAAUGCGAACUUCCCUGUUGAUAAACCAUCCGAUAUUGUUUUGGGAGGGCUAUUUCCCAUGCACAAUAAAAACAUCACAGAACAUGGCUCUAUUUGUGGGAGCUUAAACGUGGAGCGAGGUAUUCACCGAUUUCAAGCUGCGAUCUUUGCGAUAGAAGAGAUCAACAAGAGCCCUGAUCUGUUGCCAAACAUUACCCUUGGCAUGUCGGCGUAUGAUACUUGUGGAAGAGACACUAGAGCUUUAGAGGAAUCGCUCAAGUUUGUCAUGGAGUCACUUGCUAAAAACAGGACCGUAAGCUGUCCAAAUGCGUUUUCAGCGUCUUCCUCAAUGAAAGAACGAAUCAUGGCAGGAGUUGUUGGAGCAGCGGCAAGUACUGUUUCCAUCCAAAUCGCGAAUCUCUUAAGGUUGUUCAAACUACCGCAAAUAAGUUAUGCUUCUACUUCAACAGAUCUCAGCGACAAAGCAAAGUACGAUUUUUUCGUGCGCACUGUACCCCCUGACAACUACCAGGCGCGCGCGAUGAUCGAUGUUGUGCGUGGAUUAAAAUGGACGUCUGUGUUCGCCGUGAGUUCCGAGGGAAAUUACGGAGAGCGGGGGAUACGGGAAUUUACAAAUGACGCGAAAGCGGCAAAUAUUUGCAUCGCGGGGACGUUUAAGAUUGACGGAGGUUCGAGCGGCGACGAACAAAUCGCCAGCAUGGUCAAAGAAUUUCUGAAACGCCAGAAUGUCCGUGGAAUUAUUUUAUUUUGUACUGAUACAGACGCUAGAAGAAUCCUACAAGAAGCUAAACGUCAAGAUGCCGCUGGUAAAUUUACAUGGAUAGCGAGCGAUUACUGGGGAACGCGGAAGAAAACCAUUGACGGUCUCGAGAAAUAUGCGGAAGGAGCGAUAACAAUAAGUUUGACGGAGGCAAACUUUACUUCGUUUAAACAAUACUUCACUUCUUUAAAACCUAAUAACCACAGUUUGCGAGUGAAUCCGUGGUUUGAAGAGUUUUGGGAAACGCAGUUUAAUUGCCGCAUGAGCGAAAGUGCUUGUCGCUCGCGUUCUCUUAAAGAUAUGGACAUGCGCAUUGAUGAUAAAGUGCCUUUUGUUAUUGACGCUGUGUAUGCGUUUGCGCAUGGCCUUGAAGCCAUGUACAAAAGCUUCUGUCCAGCGAGGAACGGCCUGUGUCCUGAAUUGAUGAGGCGCUUCGAUGGCAACCAGCUACGAGACAUACUGUUUAACGUAAGCUUCAGGGGAAAACUGGCUCAGUCAGCUUUGAUCGCAACGGAAACGGCCGGGGUAGAUACGACAUUUAUCGUCUGCAAGGCGGGAAAUACGUAAAGAUAGCCUCUUGGGAUGAUAAACUGUACGAUGCACAGAAACUUUACGAUGGAGCAAAGAACGGAACGGCUUUGUCACGUUGUGGAGUUCCUUGCACUGCUGGUCACUACAAAGUGUUUGAUUUUGACGGAUCCUGCUGCUGGACUUGCAAGAAAUGUCCUGAAAAUAACUACGUGCAAGGUAUUUUUUUAUUACUUUAACGUAAGGUACAGUAAAACGGGGAACCGCACUUCUUUUUGCAACAUUGCUGUAAAACGAGUUGAAUAGUGAUGUUGCGCGUUUUACCACCCACGUUUGAACCUGUGUUACAACAAAUAGGUUGCAAGGUUUCUUUUCGCCGUUGUUUAAACGCACCUUUAGUGAAAUACAGUCGAAAUUCUGUUAAGUGCGGGACACCUUCCAGAACCGGAAAAAAUGUUCGUAAGUAGACAGUGGCUCCUAAAGAGAUGGCUUUUUGUUAGAGGAGAGUUCAAACGGUGUCUUGUCGAGAGGUCCGUAAGUCGUAGGUAAAGCUGCGUGCUCGUGAUUGCCAAGACACCUUUGAUUGUAUAAGGUGAUUUCAUGUACCCUCUGAUAAAGCUCAUAUCUCGACACAAGAGUAAAUAUCAUGUUUGUCUUCAAGGCUAAGUGUGAGUCUGUUACAGUUUGAUUAUACUAUUCGCGCACGUUUUUACAAACCUCAGUAUGUCUUUGACUAGCCCUGGACAUUUUGAGGUUUUAUGAGAGAUUGCGUAGUUAUUGUGUCGAAUUGAUUCAAGGUACUGCUUUGGGUAAUGCUAUCGCAUUGAAUCAAAAUUCGUUCCCCCUAUACACAGUCCAUUUGAGACAACACCGACCAAAUCUCACGUGCAAUAUAAGGCUGGUCAAAGAGAUGCUCUGUCUUAGUUGUUAAGAGUGCUGUCCAAUGGGUAAAUCACUAUCUAGUGCAAAAAGCUUUUGGCUUUCACACACUUAUCCACUGGAUAACUUAUCCAGCGAACCGCUUUUGAAAGACCGGGGCCAUUUUGUCAGAGGUUUGAAUGAGCUCCAGGAUUGAAAAAGUUCCUUUACCCUCAGUUCUGAUUGGUUGACCUGUUAGCUUAUUUGACAAGAACAGAAACCCUACUUCCAAGACAACUGAUAAAAGGUAGACCAUACUACAGCGAUCUCGGUCUACACAAUUCCAAAGCGAAAUAAGGCAUUUUGACGUGUAAAGUUAAUAUGACAAUGUUAUUUUUAUUUUUAUGUACAAUGAUUACCUUAAUUCCACAGGUGAACUAUCUUGCAAACCCUGCGAACAAGGACAACGGCCCAACGCCGAAUUCAGUGGUUGUGAGUCGCUGCCUCGACGCAACAUCGCACAGAGCUGGUUCAUUAUGGUCAUGGUAUUUGCGGGCCUCGGUAUCAUGUGCACAAUUUUUGUAGGGACAUUAUUCUACAUCAACCACGACACCCCCAUAGUUAAGGCCUCGGGUAGGGAGCUCACAUGCGCACUACUGUUUGGUUUACUCUCCUGUUACGUGUUUUCAUUCUUCUUGCUGGCUGAGCCCUCGACUGUCGUUUGUGCAAUCCAGCGGUUUGGUCUUGGAUUUUCGUUCUGCGUGUGCUACGCGGCAAUUCUGAUUCGAACCAGUCGGAUUGCGAGAAUUUUUGAGAAGAGCAAACGGUCAACGAAGCCACCGAUGCUCAUCAAUCCGGCCUCACAAAUCGCCAUACUAGGCGUAUUUGUUUGCGUUGACGUUGCCUUCGCUGUAUUAGGUUUGGCAAAAUGGCCACCGGAUACCAUCCUUGCUUACCCAACGAAUAAAGACGUAUUGUUAAUUUGCAACAUUCAAAGUUACGAUCUUAUCUUUGCGUUGACGUACAAUGUGAUAAUUAUUCUUCUCUGUACAUUUUACGCGUUUAGAACGCGCAAAACACCCGCAAACUUCAACGAAGCGCGGUACAUUGGCUUCGCUAUGUACACGACUUGUAUCAUUUGGGUGGCAUUCAUUCCGGUGCAAAUCGGCGUGAACAAAGACUACGCGACAAUAACGCUCAGUAUCAAUACGACUCUUAACGCUACAACGCUGCUGUUGUGCAUUUUCGGACCUAAAGUGUACAUUCUGGUGUUAAGACCAACGCGGAAUCUGCGCAGUAAGUCCCUAAACAGUUGGCGCUCUCAUGAAGCUGAAUCUCAGCACACCACAGGUAGGGACUGUCACUCAGGGACCCUGGAUGGGCCUUCGAGUCAUUGUACAGUUAGAAACUUCUACUAUGAGAGUACAAUAUGAAUCACUUUAUAAACAUGACUUGAGAAGAUAAUUUGUGUAGACCUCUGUGUAAUCUAAUUGAAAAGCGCUAUCAUGAGCGUGCUUCACUUGAUACAGUCAAACCUCGAACGGUCCUGCUGAGCGGUCACCCUUCAUAUCACGGUCACCGGACAACUUCCCAAAAUUUUCAGUUGCCUUAUAAUUUCUGGGAAGUUGACCUGUAUAUAGCGGUCACUCUGUGUAUAACGGUCACCUUGCCAUUUCCCAUCGGUGACCGUUCUACACAGGUUUGAUCGUAUUGAUGUUUUGCUAGAUGGUGAAUUUUCCACCUACGAGUGUGAUAUAGGUGCGCGUUCAUUGAAUCUCGACACCAGGUUUGCGAAUGUCGGGUGUCCGUCGAGCGGGGUCACCAGUUGUUUUUAUUCCUCCUAACAUCGAUAAGGUAUCAAUGCAUGUAGCUCACAGGCCGCCGAAAUCGCGAUUCAAGCUUAUAUUUUGUUCAAAUAUGCAGCCCUAAACACUUGAUGCUUAAUUUAAUCAGCUGGUUGCCAAUAUCUCUCCAUUUAAACUGAUACUAAUGGGACUAACGUUAUAUAGUGAACCAUUAAGACUAACUCUUCUAACAUGAUAAUGCAAUUAUUAUUCUGUAAAGGCUAACAUUAAUAAAUUAUGCUGUUACUUUCCACUUCUUUAACAAACGUGUUUCGAACUUUUGUAAGUACUACAUGUUUUGCAUUCUCCGUCGCCAGCACUUAAAUCCACGCGAAAGAGUCAUGAGCGCAGUGCCCGGAUUGCCCCGAUUUGUUCCAUCGCAGUUAUGUCAAGCUCCCUACUCAUUGCUCCAAAAUAUGAUGCCAUUAAUGUACUGUUCUGUUUGGAGCAAGUCUCACCGGUUCUCUUAGCAUUGUAAAGAUAAGCAGUUCUGUGCUAUUCUUUCGUUCCACUUCGUUUUUUAACUCUCUCCACCAAAAAGGUUUCCACGAAAUGAAACAAAAGGAUUUGUAAAAAACUAAAAGUGAUAAAACGGGGGACGGUAGGGCGAGGAAAAUGCGCUUUUUCUUUGUCCACUUUCCAUCAUUUCUCGCGCACUUUCUUUCCCACUCCCCAAGCUCCUCGGGGUACCAAAGAGACAUUAGAGGAAAUCUCCUAAGUGUCCACGCAAAAGAAGUGCUCAUACAGUUUAUUAUUCACCUCUGUUAUUCUGUCGUCAUACACUAGUGUUCCGUGAUGUUUCUCUCGGCUCCAUAAUUGGUAGAAAGGCUUCUUUCACGAAAAGUCCUUUUGUAUUUGUAAGAGAUCUACAUAGAGAGUAAAACAUCGACCUUCGUACCCAUAUGCUUGAAGUGUCCCUACGUGAGGCAAUAUUCGGCGCAAUCGCGUGUUUGGUUUGCUCGCGAGGGAGCGCGUACACGCGAACACGCUAUUCAUGGUCGUUAUCAUUUAGUUCCAAGGUGUGUCUAACCACCGAAUUCACAAUUCGUGAACAAAACCAUGGCCGCGAAUUUCUCCGCUGCAACAGCAAUAUGAAAGUGCAAGCACACCACUCUAGCUAUUUUAAGUUUUGGUGAGGUGUGUAAGGGAGUCAUUUUUAUUGUGUAAGUGACGUUAACGUUGUCUUGUAAGAAGUUUUGAGCAAAGAAGAUAUGGUUAAUAUUGCAGUGUGCAGAUUCCUAGAAUUUCAAGAGUUAUUUGCGUUGCAUGAUCGUGAGUCUGCACCUUUAUUUUCUGUCCAUCAUCCUACAGAGUUAGGGAAACUGAUGUGAAACAUGUGUUUAUUUUUUAGGCAGGGAAAAGUCAGAAAGCCAAACAACAGAUACAAGCCUCAAAAGCAACGCGUCCACAGAGCUUGGAGUCGAAAAUCUGGCGAUAGAAAGUGGGCAUGUUCAUUUCAAGACUACAGUUUAAGAGAACAUUUACACAUAAAAUUUUAUCCAAGCCUAAUCCUUGAUUACUCUGUUUUUUAUUGUUCCUUUCGACCGUUGCUGCUAUGAUUAGCAUUCAUUCCGCGCUUUGCCACUUUUGUCAACAGCACCAAAUGUUUUGUGAAAGGUUUGAAUGCAGAAGUCAUUUCAAAAGUGGGUUGAUUUUGAUCGUCCGGGUGAACGUAGUCCUGAAUAAGACUGUUGUUGUUGACGGUGACUGACGUUUCGACAACCUGUGCUGUAGUCAUCUUCAGAGUCAAAAUGUUUUCCCUCGAGGAUUGGCUUCUGCGUCCACUGCCAUUCCCAGCUACUUCCUUUCACGUGCCACACCCAUCCGCGUGUUAUUUUGCAAUACACAUGAAACUUGUAAAAAACACGUGUGAACCCAGUAACUCGCCAGAAUUGUUGUGCAGUGUCGACACAAACAUCUUAACAACACUCAACAACGUUCUGAGUGUUUUGAAAUUGGACAAAAAGAUCCUUUUGUAAAAGACUAUCCUUCUGUACAUGUUCAUCCUCGUCAACCAUUCCUAACCUUCAUUCAUCUGUCACGAAAUUGCAUCUAUCAUUUCUUAAUUUGUCAAUCUUUUUUUAUGAAGAGAAUUUUGAGUAUUUUUAAGAUAAAUAUAAAUAUAAUUGAAAGUCAGUGUUAAGUUAUUUAGGGACAAAAAUUUUGUCUUAAGUUAUUAACUAAAAUUGGUAAAUUGUCAAGCCGAGAUACGUGCCCCUC